AAGGCAUGUACUACUUAAUUAUGGGAGAAGAUCGGAGUUGGAUAUAUCGUCGUCGAGAUGAAAUGGGGUAUUGGAACAAUGAAUUUAAUGUUGGGGUAGAGAUUUUCUUAGAUUUUGCAUUCUCACAAACAGACCCGAUGUUUUGUGCAAUGAAUAUGAUUCGAUGUCCGCGUAGUAAGUGUUGGAAUAGAGAAUGGCAUCAUCGACGUAGAGUGCAAUCUCAUCUUAUUACGAACAGCUUCAUGGAUGGUGCCACAGGAGUAGAAGAUGCAACACAAUUUGAUGCUAGUUUUGAUGAUCCAUAUGGUGUUAGUACAGAAUCGAUAUUUGAGGAGCUAAGAGGAGAUGCAAAAGAGUUUUUUGAUCUUUUGCAAGCAGCUGAUACACCUAUUUUUGAUGGGUGUGAUGAUGGUGUCACUGUCUUAAAGUGGUUUUUGCCAUUGGAUCAUCCAUUUAGAAGAAACAAGAAUGACUUCAUAAAGGGUCGUACAAAGAAUGGAACAAUGCUAGAGAGAUUGUCUGGUGAUGAGAUGCGUAGUCGAAUCCAUUGGCUACCUGAUGUACUAUUUGGUAAGCCACCUCAGAAACAGGAAAUCAACGGAUUUGGUGAAGUGCACAAUUGGGUUAAAAAGAGCAUCUUUUGGGAAUUACCAUAUUGGCACACAAACUUGAUUUGACACAAUUUAGAUGUCAUGCACUGUGAGAAAAACUUUUUUGACAAUAUCCUUCAUACAGUAAUGGAUGACCCUAUGACAAAAGAUAACAUAAAUGCAAGACUUGAUCUGGAAUUGUAUUGUAAAAGGAAAAGUCUGCACAUACCAAAAACAAGAGUGAAUUCGGGUAAAAAGCCAAAGGCCACUUAUGUUCUUAGUAGGGAUCAAAGAAAAUCAAUAUGUCAAU